UUUUUUUCUUUUGAUUAUUAUUAUUUUUUUUUUUUUUGUAUUUGUUUUUCCCUUUUUCUUUUUUUUUUUUUUUUUUUUUUGCCACUGAGAGAUAGUAUAAUUUUUUUUUUAUAAUUGUACACAUGUUGAUUGGUUUAUUCUAGACGCGCAAACCUAGAUUAUAACCAUAUGAAUUCAAAUAAUAUACUGCAUGAUGAACCUAUUCACUCUUGCUGUUGUUGUUGUUGUUACUGUUGUUGUUACAAAUCAGCCAAUCAAAUCACCUCUCCCAAUAUGGAAUCCAUUUGUUCCUGUAGCGGCAGUAUAUCGUCGAAUUCUGAGGAAAAGGAAGAAGAAGAAGAGGAAGUAUCCACUGGAAAUACCACACCUAUCGACCCCAAGUCUUCACAAGAACCAGUGGAAAAGUUACUUCGAAAAAAAGUACAUGCCAUGGAGGAAUUACUACAGACCGAACGCGAUUACGUGCACGACCUGACUCAUUUAGUUCAAGUUUGUUUAGAAGUUUUAUUUCGUCAACAAUGGAUAUCAUCCAAACACAAAUCCAUCAUUGCUAGAAAUUCAUUUGAUAUCUUGCAAUUUCAUAAACAUUUCAUCGUAUCCUUUGAUGCAGCAUUGGCCGAAAAUUGGUCUUGUGUUGCAAAGACGUUUAUAGAUCAGAUGUCAUCUUUUUCACUUUACAAGCAUUACUGUGAUAUGCACGCAGAAGCAUGGGCCCUAACUACAGAGUAUCGAGAUCGACCUGAAUGGAAUCAUUUCUUACGAGAGUGUGCACUAAUAAAUUCAUUUUCAAUCCCACUCAAUUUAAAUUUAUUAAAUGAUUCCAUCAUGCAACAACAACAACAAAAGAAAUUACAUUUUCAAGAUUAUCUUAUUAAACCAGUGCAGAGAAUAUGUCGAUAUCAAUUAUUGAUUAAAGAAAUUCUACGUUAUACACCUCCUCAAUCUACAGAAUACGACUUGUGGAAUAUAGCCUUGGACAGAAUUCAAGGCAUCGUGACCGAAAUUGAUCAUUGUAAAUUCAUUCGAGACCGAAAGGAACGCACGGAUAAAUUCAUUGCACGCUUGGAUGGAGGUGAUUGGCGCAUCAGUAAAAAAUAUGUUGCCCAACUUGACAGUCUUCUCAUGGCGGGUGGUAUUGAAGUGACUUAUUCCGCUUUAGGACAAUCCGUUUCCAAACCUCGUUACCUGGGUUGCUUUCUAUUUCGAUCUUACAUCAUUAUGGUCCGACCUAAAAAAAUCACCAGUUAUGAACCUAAACAUUGGUUCCCAUUGAAAAUGACCGAUUUUGAAGACUUGAAUGAUAUUGAAGGUCAGCGUGAACAUGCCUUUGUCUUGCGCUGUAAGAAGCAUACCUUUGCCUUCAGUGCCAGCUGCUGGCAGGAAAAACAAUUAUGGGUCAAACAGAUCGGAGAAGCCAUUGCUGCUACAAAAUCAGAGGUUGUCAUGCCAAAUCUGUCUGCACAAGAUUUCAUCGUCUCUUCACUUCCGGGGAUUACGGGUAAAAGAUCUCCUCAAAGCAUUCGAUUAUCCAGAUCUUUUACGAAUAUUUUAGAUUUGGCUUCGGGAGAUGCCAAGGCAAAUAACUUGCGUCGUUCCGUUUCCACCAAUCUUCAGUUCCAAGAACUGAUCCAAUCCGCCACACGACAGGAAGUUUCGUUAAAGAAACGCUACUCAGCAGAUUAUUCUUCUUGUACAAAAAAACAAGCUUUAAAACCUCGAAAUAACUCAGAAAUGUACAUCAAGCCUGAUUUAUUCCCUUCUUCUUCGGGUGGACUUGCACGGAAAAGACCCAGUUCACUGGAUUUACUUUCGGCUGCAAACAACACGGGAAACAUGAUUGGAAAAAUGUCGCUGCAAUUUAAAAGCAAUCAUCAAAAUGCGUUGCGACUGACUGUGGAUCAUAAAUUACGAGAUGUAUGUACACAAGAAUAUUUAGAGUCACGAGCUUGGCAGAUGCGAGAUAAUACCACUUCUUCUUCACUCUCCUAUUAUACCAGUACAAGUACAUCACCCACAGUAGAAUUUACUACAAAUCAGGAUGGCCUAUCUAAACGCAAAUCCACCUCGUUUAUUCGAUCUUCAGCCUCGAGUUUUUCCUUGAUCCCUAAACGCACGGAUAAAUACGAUAUUCAAUCCAAUACCAGCUCAUGUUCCAGCUCUUUGGAUCGAACACAACGAGUGAUAUCAAGGCGACCUUCACAAAGCAGCCAGUUAUUACGGAAGAUGUCACAAAGUCGAGGUAUUUCCGAAUCGCCUGUGACGGAACAGCCGCAACAGAAGAAGUUGGAAAAGAGCGCGAGUCGACGACAAUUGUUUGUGGGUAAAGUGCUUCGAAGGAUAUCCAGUCUUCAUCAUAAACCCAGCGCACCAGCGUCAUCGUCGUUUGAGCAGGUAAGCGGAUAGAUGUUCUUAUAAGGAGAGAGGGGUUCUAUUUAUUGAUGUCUCCUCGAUUUUUUUUUAAGGUUCGAAAAGCGGCGUCUGUA